AUGGUAUUCGAAUUCAUCUCUCUGGCAUUCCCAAAUGCAAGCACGGAGCUGGACCCCAUACCUGGUGCUCCCAUCGACCCAGACUACCUGGCACGCUACGCGCGCAAUCUCGACGAGUAUGACUUCAACUACACUCUCCAGCCCUAUGGAAGUGGAAGCUUCGACCCUUUCACGACUGGAGCCACCAUCGCCGCCCACACGAAAAAUCUGAAAGUCAUCAUUGCUCUCAGGCCGAACACCAUGUACCCUACAGUCGCAGCGAAGGCCCUGGCUACUCUUGAUCAGUUGAGCAAAGGACGCGCGGUGGUGCACUUCAUCGCCGGUGGCUCUGAUGCUGAGCAAGCCAAGGAGGGGGACUUCCUAAGUAAAGAUCAACGAUACGAACGACUUGAGGAGUACAUCAAGAUCCUCAAACGGGCUUGGCAGUCGGCUGAGCCAUUUGAUUGGGAUGGCAAGCAUUACCAGUUCAAGCAGUUCAGCAACACCGUCCGUCCUGUCAACGGUAGUAGUAUUCCUGUCUCCGUCGGUGGAUCAAGUGACGAGGCUUAUCGUGUUGGAGGCUCGUUGGCCGAUAUCUUUGGUCUUUGGGGUGAGCCAUUGAAAGAGACCAAACAGCAGAUCGAUCGUAUCUACGCCGAAGCUGAGAAGGCUGGCCGUACCGACCGCCCGCGAAUCUGGGUCACAUUCAGGCCCAUAACGGCCGAGAGUGAUGACCUUGCCUGGCAGAAGGCUCACCGCACACUCGAUGCCCUCACUGGCAAUCGCGACAAAGGCCAAGGGAUCGUGCCCGCUGCUGCUGGAACUCCUCAGAAUGUAGGCUCACAGCGUUUGUUGGAGAUCGCAGCACGUGGAGAGGUCCAAGAUCGUGCUCUGUGGUACCCAACUGUAACCGCGACGAACGCUCGUGGUGCUUCUACAGCGCUGGUCGGUUCAUACCAGACCAUCGCUGAUUCGAUCCUGGAUUAUGUUGACCUGGGAUGUGACCUGAUCAGCAUUCGUGGCUAUGACAACUUGAACGAUGCGAUUGACUAUGGACGACAUGUCUUACCCCGAGUAAGAGCUGUAUUGAGCAAGGAAAACGGCGAUCGCUCUCUCAAGAAUGGUGCCACAUCAGCCGUGGUAGAUGGUUGA